AUGUCUGCGAGGUCUCCGGUUGAGAGCCAAGCGCUUCCAGGGACUGUGGGCGCGAGCACUGUAGCUUCCCUCGCAGAGCUGGUGACUGGGGAACCAACCCCAGAGAGCUCGGCGCCGAACUCACGAGCCCAGCGACUCGUGCCAUACUCAGGCGCCGCAGAGCCUCCCGACAACACCCGGCAAGAUCGACCUGCAAAGCUCAGAGGGCUCCGUCGGGAAGUGUACGCGCUUACGGGCUCUGCAGCGCCGCCGUUGGCGCCUCGGGUUGCGCUACAGUCGCGACUGCCGGCGGCAAGCGCUCAAGUGCACUAUGCAAAACGACCUUUUUCGAAUCCAGCGCAUCCUGCUGGUGCUGCCUUUCAGCUCUGGCACUGGGAACGUCAUUCUCUGACGCAACGGAAAGACGCAGAGGCUUCUUUGACCCCUGAGGAAGGCGAGGCGGCAUCUGCCGUUUACCCAUUCGCACGUUUCGGCAAAAAACUGGAAACGCUUCGGUAUACCGACGAGGAGUACAGCCGCUAUCUGGCGACAAUGCCUGUGCAGGGUUCUAGAGAACCAUGGACGAAGGAAGAAACUGACACUUUGUUCCAGCUUGCGGAACGGUUUAACUUGCACUUCGUCGUCAUGGCUGACCGUUGGUCGGUUUUUAGUCCCUCCCCGAAGCGGAAACGGUCUGUGAAUGAGCUCAAAGAUCGAUACUACACCGUUGUGCGUUCGCUGGCCCAGGCCCGUGCUGUCAGCGACCCCGGGUUCCCGCAUUCGUCCCAAGAUGCACUGCAGAAACACUGUCGAGCAAUGUUGGCAAAUCCGUAUGAUAUAGAGUACGAAGACCGACGCAAAGCUCAAUACGAAGAGCAAUGCCGUCGACCUCGUUCUGAGCUCUUGCGCGAGGAAGCGGUUGUGCAACAGGCGCAGGAGAUACUACGGGCCCGAAGGCUGAAACAGCGGGAGCGCCGCCGCUUGGAGCGACUCUUCCGUCGAGCGCUACCCGCACCACCAACGAUACCAUAUGCCGAAGCAGCGGCAUCGCUCGAGACCGUACAGCGGACCGAAAUCCCAGGAGGGCAGUCGGCUUCGUGGGCGUCGACGGCUGCUUCGUCCGCGGGCUCGCAAGAAGCACCGCCCAACAUCGCCAGGACGGCGAGCAAUGUCGUCUCUGCAGCGAGUGCAGCCGUGGCCUCACGUAGGCCGAGGCGGGCUUCGCAUCUCGCCGUCUUUGUACGGAGCAGUAUGAUGUUGGCUCCAGUGAGUCAAUCGCAGCGUGUGCAGCGCCAGGUCGACCAAAUGCUCGACGAAUUGGGGGUGGGUAUCCGUCCGACGCCCACCAGGGAGAUUUGCGAAGCAUUCGACGUGCUUCGCCAGGAAAUACUCGUCCUGAUUGAGCUUCAACGUCUGCUGAAACGGAAAGAAGACGAAUUGCGAGCUGUGCGUCAGCAGAACAACUCCGCACCCGCUGAGCAUCGAGCUCGAAGCAAGCGUCGCGGGAAACGCGACCACUCCGCGGAAUGA